CUCUCUGUCCCCCUUGAAGGUGUCGUGUAGGUUUCAUCGUCUCUUCCCCAUGAGCGCAUCACAGAAACCGAGUCUUUAGAUCUCGACAGCCUCUGCCACACUCUGGUUCUCAUCUGCCCAGGCCAGCUCGAAUUCAUCAUGUCGACUACGAGAGCCUUAUCCAGCAUGAAACUCGCAGUUUGCAUUGCCGCAGUCGCUAUUUUGGCACUGAACUCCCUGCCUUCGGUGCUUGGAGCACCAUACGGAUGGAAGGAGGCGCAUAUCACGUACUAUGGAACAGCUAAUGGCGGUGGCACACAGGGAGGCGCAUGCGGAUAUCCGAACACCUUUGCGAUGGGAUACGGGGUGAUGACCGCAGCAUUGAGUUAUCCUUUGUUCCAGGGCGGAAAGUCUUGCGGGGCGUGUUACCAGCUGAAGUGCAAAUGGCUGGCGCCCACUCGCACCGUUCACAACUGGUGCUGGAGCUACAGUCGCACCAUCACUAUCACUGCAACAAACUCGUGCCCUCCAGGAUCGCACGGAGGUUGGUGCGACUGGAAGCCUCACUUCGACUUGCCCAUGCCUGCUUUCAUGACAUUGGCGCGGCGUGAAGGAGGAGUGGCCCCCGUGUACUACAGAAAGGUUCGGUGUGCGAAGCGCGGCGGAAUUCGGUUUACCCUUGGCGGCAACCCAUACUUCAUGAUGAUCUUGAUUCACAACGUGGGAGGUGCAGGCGAUUUGAGGGCAGUGAAGAUCAAGGGGCGGAACGGAUAUUGGGUACCAAUGUGGCAGAACUGGGGUGCGCUGUGGACAUGCAAAACGAAGUUGAGCGGAGCAUUGUCUUUCCAGAUCACGACGGGCGACGGGCGCACUGUGACGGUUAACAGAGCAGUUGGAGACUACUGGAAGUUUGGACAAACGUGGGAGGGCUCUCAGUUCCGAUAGAUCGGUCGACAUGGAACUGGAUCAUGAGAACAAGCUCGCUAGCAUUGGUCGUUUCGAUUGAUGGGAACAUGGCGACGCUCCUCGGUCCGAGAUGUGCAUGUCAUAUGGCCCGUCCGACCGUGCGAAGCAGAUCUCGCAGUUCCCACCAACGAGAAUUCCAUAAUUAUUGUAAACCGAAGGCGUCUGAUUUCUGUUCUACGCAGUGAAUCAUGCUCUUUUGAUUGAAUGUAGUCACAUUAUUGCACAUCAGCCUUCUUCGGAAGCAGCGGGUUCCUUCAAGAAGUUGUAAUUGGUUUAUGUUAUGGUAAUUGCGUUGAAGUCCGAGAUGACUUUCUCGGCUUCAAGCAUCAGCGACACUUAACAGAGCUAUUUUUUGAAA